AUGUCGGGUGAACCGAAGGAUGGCAACGGCGAGGGACAACGCAGGGCAGAAAAUCUAGCGGGCAGGAAGGAAUUGUCGGAUGGCACGGUGGACUCAGAUGUGUUCACUGGCGAGCAGAAAAUUGAGCUUGAGCAGAUGAUGAAGCAGCAGCUGGCGCAGACGGAGGCCAUGCUGCUGAAGUACCUAGGCAAACACGGCGCGAGCGAGAAGGAAGAGGGUGUUGACCGGCGACCUCGCGAUCCGUGGGAUUCAGAUGACCCGUGGAAGGGUCAAAGUCGGUCGGAGAGCCAGGGCGGAGAAAGAAGAGAAUGGUCUCAAGAAGAAUGGGACGAGUGGAAAAAGGCCAAGGGCGGCAGGUACGAGAGCGACUGGAGGGACCAGAAGUGGGAGAAGGGCGACUACACUGAUCCGGAGGCCUUCAUGGGCUGGUCAGACUAUAGAUUGUGGCGUCGCCGAGUGGUCAGGUGGCUCGACCAGACAGACGUACCGCCGAGGAAGAGGUCCGACAAGAUCCUGAAGGUAUUAGACAGGGACUUGCAGAGAAAAUUCGAGGAUAUCUCAGACGCAGUGUUGCAGUCAGCUGAAGGGCCGAUGACGAUCAUCAAGCGACUCGACAUCAUGAGCGGACAACGCAUAGACGACGAGAAAAGAAGAGCGGGCCGAGAAUGCUUGAUGGGAUAUCGACGCAAAGCGGAUGAAACCCUCUCAGUAUACACGGCAAGGAUGGACCAGAACUUCGAGAGGCUGAAGGGCCAGGGGCUCGAAUUAGACGACAGCUGGAAAAUAUUAUUUCUUGAAGAAGGCAUAGGACUGGAUGAGAGCGGGAUGCAGAUGCUGAAGGUCAUGAGCCGCGGCUCCAAGGACUACGAGGAAGUGAUCGGCGCGGCGAGAGAGAUGGACGUGACACGCAACGAGCAUCUCGGCGCCCGGACGGGCAAGGCCACGGCGGCGACCUACGCACUGCAGGAUGAUGACGACGACCUCUGCGAGUACAGCGACGUAUCUUCCAUGACGUCGGAGCAGGAGGCUUUCGUGCUGGAGUCGAUCGCCGAGGCCGACGUAGACGAGUACGAGUUACCAGAGGUGUUGGCGACGUUGGAAAAGGACAGAAAGAAGACGUGGAAGGAGAACCGGGACUACAAAAGGCACCUUCGAGUGGAUAGAAAAUUCUACCAGACCCCGGGGGGGCCUUCGGGCCCCAGGGCGCCGGCACCGCCGCCGCCGCACCCGGGGAGACGUGACGGACUACAUCGGAGUGCGAAAGGGAUAGUGCGUGAGCGGAAGAGGAGACUUCCGAUCGAGAAACGAAUGAAGAUCACCAAGUGUCAUCGAUGCCACAAGAAGGGACACUGGAGCCGAGAAUGCCCCGAGAAGGGAGACUCGACGGGAGCCGCAGCGGGAAGCGGGUUCGCGCUGCUCAAUGAAUCGGAGCCGAGCUACGCGAUCCUGGCCUCGGAGAACAUCAACUCGAUCAACGCGCGCGGGUUGAUUCACCAGGUUGUGGACCGCAUCAAAUCCGAGAAGGUCGAGGCCAUGAGCCUGCUGGUCACCGGCUCAGGGGGCAUCGUGGUGGACACGGCGGCGGGCCAGGCGCUGAUCGGGCCGCAGGCACUGCAGAGGCUGGAGAAGCGUCUCGGCGAGCUGGGCUUCCGAGUAGUUCGGGUCAAGAGCAAGCACCAGUUCGCGAGAGGUGUCGGCGGGAAGACGCCGGUGCAGUCAGGACUCCUGGUCCCCACAGGCAUCGAGGGCAAGACAGGCAUCAUGGAGCUGGACCUGAUCGAGCAAGACGUGCCGGCCCUGAUGCCGAUCAGUAUGCAGGAGCAGAUGAAGGCAGUGAUCGAUCUCCCGAAGGCCGAGAUGACUCUGAGGGCGCUAGGGGUGACCACCAGCUUGAAGCGGCUGUCGAGUGGUCAUCGCACGAUCGCGAUCGACAAGCUCGGCAGCCCAGAGGAUUUUGAGCUUCCGGAGGCUGUCCGGAAGCGUUUCGGACUGCAGGCGUCUGACUUUCGCCUGAGCUCGAGCGAGAAUGCCAUGGUGACGUACUGGAAUCGAGCCGAGAAAACGUUUCUGCAGGCGAUGACGGGCUCCACCGCGAGCGACAGUGGCGAGCCGCAGUGCGUCAAGUACUUGCUGACCGGAAACGAGCAUCCGAGCGGGCUGUCGGUGGGAGACAAGUUCUGGGCGUACCUCAGCUCCAGGAUCGUGGCCGAUCACCAGCACAAGGGGCUGAAGCUGCUGCACAUGUUCCAGAACGGCCACCAGUGGCCAAUCAAGACCAAGAAGGCGGACAGGUUCUACACGGAGCGCCAGAUGAAGUGCAGUCAUUCCUGGGCACGUCUCAUCAGUUUCGGCAAUUCCCACGGCAGUUGGGAAGUCUGCGGGGACUGCGACAUGAGGGUCUCGUACUUCCAGAAGGCGUCCGUCAUCUACAAGGGGAAGGGCAAGUCGCCUCAGAGCGGCUCGACGGUGCUGAACGCGAGCGACCUCACCAAGCCCCCCGGGGGCAGGGCAUCGGUGAGGAACUCGGUGGAGUGCACGAGGGUCGCUCUCAUGACGACGACGAGCGACCGGGGGCCGACCCAGGGCUCGGAGGAGCCGAUGAGGGUGAAGAAGCGCUCCGAGGAGAUGGUGCAGUAUCGGGCUUUGGAGGCGCCCAUGGAAGUAGACAGCACAGGUCCAGCACGCCCUCGCCAGCACGCCCCUCGUGCGUCGCUGAUCAGCGAGAUCAAGAGCAUGAAAGAAGAGAUGACCAACCAGAAUCACGGCCUGCUCGCCCUGGUGGUGGAGCAGGGAAAAGCCAUUCAGCACAUCCAGGCGGCGCAGCUCGGCAUCCAGGAGAAGCAGGCCAUGAUGGAGAAGCAGAUGGCGAUCGAGGACCAGCCGAAGACGCUGCCGCCGCAGGUGCCGGCCCAGCGGACCAAGCAGUCCCUGAAGGACGGCAGGUGCUUGUAUGGCCUGAGUGAGCUGCCCGAGGACCAUCCCACGGUGAAGGACGGCUUCCAAGAGGGGCGCAGCUUCCACCAGAGGGACAGCUUCCAGGAGGGGUGCAGCUUCCACCAGAGAGACAGCUUCCAGGAGGGGGGCAGCUUCCACCAGACGGACAGCUUCCCCAUCCGGAACGAGAAGUUCAGGGACCCUUCGAAGACCGACCUCAGGGAGCAUCCACCCGCUCCCCGGCUUGCCUAG